UUUAUAUGUUCAUAAAAUAAAAAAAUAUGGAUAAUAUUUCAUACACAUAUUUCAAGAUACGUAAAAAUUUUGGUAGGCAGCCAAUGUUUUCUGAAGUUGCUACUCAUUUGGUAGAUUCCAUCAAUCCAAAUGUAAUAGAACAAAAGCAGUAUUGCUUACGAAAUCCGAUUAAUGAAGAAACUCAGGCUUCGUUAUCUAUUUCUGAGCAUUGUAUUAAUACGAAAAGUGUUACUCUCCACAACGAAGGUGUCAACCACGCUGAAGGCGGUUGGCCUAAAGAUGUUAAUUUUACAGAUGAAGAAUUUACUUUUCGUUAUCGUCGACGUAUUGAACGUGAUGACGCUUAUGUAGAUGCUAUUAUGAAUUUGUAUCCUAAAUUUGAGCAUUAUAUACAUCAAAAUAAUGCUAUAGAAAUGUAUGAUGUCUUUUUUAAAGGAAUGACAUCAGAAGAACCGGUUGAAAAAUCCAAUAUUUGUACUAAUAAUGUAUAUAAAGACCCUUAUAAUCGUCAAGUAGGUUCUAUAAGUUGGACUUACGAAGAAGAUUCAAAACUAGUAAUAGCUUACUGUAACAAAAAAUAUCCUCUGGUGAAGCCUAUGAAUAAGACACUGGAAUGUUACGUAUGGAAUAUAGAAAAUCCUGUUAAACCGAUGUCAAAAUUUGUUCCUCCGGUUCCAUGUUGGCAAGCUAUAUGCUCUCCCAUUCAUCCGUCUAUCAUAGUUGGAGGUUUAGAAGACGGUACAGUUUGUAUUUUUGAUAUUCGUGCAAAGUCUACACCAAUUAAUUUAAGCCCAUUACAUUUAGCGCAUCGAGAUCCUGUAUCUGCAAUAUUGUAUGUUCAGUCUCGUCUUAAUACAGAAUUUUUCAGUGGUUCAACUGAUGGUAAAUGCAUGUGGUGGGAUAUAAGAAAUUUAUCAACACCAUUAGAUUCAUUAAUAAUGUCUAUUAGAAUUCCUCUAGACCAACAAAUGAGCUUGGCGAAUGCUGAAGGUGUAAACUGUCUACAAUUUGAUAAGAGUUUCCCAACAAAAUUUCUAUGUGGAACUGAUACUGGAAUGGUCAUUAACGUCAACCGUAGAGGAAAAACGCAUCAAGAAAUAAUGAGCUCUACAUUUUAUGCACAUAAUGGGCCUGUAAAAGCCCUACAUCGUAGUCUUUGUAGUUCCAAAAUAUUUAUAACCUGUGGAGAUUGGACUGUCCAUAUUUGGAGUGAGGAUAUUCAUAUUUCUCCUAUAAUAGCUGGAACGGGACAUCGCUAUCAAAUAUUGGACGUAGUGUGGGCUCCCCAAAGAGUUUCAAGUUAUAUGUCUGUAAGUGCAGAUGGAAAAUUUCGUUACUGGGAUCUCUUACGUAAACAACGCGAUCCUAUUAUUGUAUUACCGUUGUCAAAAUAUCAAUUACUUAAAAUAAAACCUCAUGAUGAAGGACGAUUAGUUGCAAUAGGAGAUUCGAUGGGAUCAACAUAUCUAUUAUCUUUUUCUGAUAAUUUAGUGUUGUCUGGUGAGAGAGAUAAGCAGUUAAUGUUACAGAUAUUUGAUAGAGAAACUCGACGUGAACAUAUUUUGGAAACAAGAUUGAAAGAAAUCCGCUUGAAAUUGAAAACGGAAAAUGAUUGUGCAGGUUUUGUACCUUUGGACGUUCUUAAUGAGGAAUCAUCCAUCAAGACUGUUGAAGACGAAUAUAGAAGAAUGGUACAUGAAGAAAUACGACGAACGGGUAUUACAUCAUUAAACAUUGGCACUAAAGAUGAGAAAAUGAGAAAACGUUAGAUGUUUCGUUAUUUAUUUACUUUUCGCAUAGGAAUAAAUAAUUAUUUUAUGACUAUCACU